AUGUAUCAAAUUGCAAGUUCAUUGAACUUUCCAUGGAUGAUUGGAGGAUAUUUUAAUGUUAUUUUAUCAGAUGAAAAGAAACUUGGGGGUGCACCUGUAACUCUGAAUGAAACUGAAGAUUUUGCUUUUUGUGUAACUUCUUGUGAAUUAUUUGACAUGGGGUUUAAAGGGAGUCCAUACACUUGGUGGAAUGAUAGAGCAGUAGAGGACUGUAUUUUCAAAAGGUUGGAUAGAAUCAUGAGAUUAAAGAAUCUCGAAAGGGCUUUAUCUAAAUGGAGCAUAGAGACUUAUGGCGAUAUUUUUAAGCAAUUAUCUAUCAGGGAAGAGGUGGCUAAGGUGAAGGAACAAUUGUUUGAAGAGGAUCCUAGCAUUAUCAAUAGAAUUGUUCUUCAAAAGGCUCAAGCUGAGCUAACAAAGUAUCUAAAUAUUGAAGAGCAGUAUUGGAAGCAGAAAGCAGGAAAAAAUUGCAAUAGAAUAGUGUGGCUGGAUUCAGUGGAACAGAUCUCAGAGGAAGCAGUGAAGUUUUUCAGUAAUCAGUUCAAGCAAGAAGGUGAUACUGAAGAUUUUGUAAUCCUUCAACAUGUUCCAGCAAUGGUAUCACAUGAACAAAAUGUGGCUUUGUGUUCUUAUCUAACUAAAAAGGUGGUCAAAGGGGAAGUGUUUGCUUCGAUGGGGGACAGUGCUAGUGGACCAGAUGGUUUCACAGGCUUAUUUUAUCAGCAAUGUUGGGAUAUUGUAGGAAAUGAUGUCCAUGCUGUAGUUUUGGCUUUCUUUGAUGGUAAAGAACUUCCUAAAUCCAUUACUCAUACAAAUCUGGUUCUAAUUCCUAAGAAACAGUCUGUGCAAACAUUUUCAGAUAUGAGACCUAUCAGUUUAUCUAAUUUCAUUAAUAAGGUGAUUUCAAAGGUCUUGCAUGACAGAGAAAGCAUUAUACCUUCAUUUAUUUCUUCAAAUCAAUCAGGGAGGUUGAUAGAGAACAAUUGGUAUUCUAUGCUACUAAAUGGACAAGCUACUGGAUUUUUUCACUCUUCUGGAGGAGUGAAACAAGGGGAUCCUCUUUCCCCUACUUUAUUUCUACUCUCAUCAGAGGUACUUUCAAGGGCACUAAAUGGUUUAUUUGAUAAUGACAAGUAUAUUGGGUACGGGAUGCCAAAGUGGACUAGUCCACUGAAUCACCUAGCCUAUGUAGAUGAUACAAUUAUUUUUGUUUCUGCUGAUCCUUACUCUCUAGGGAGAAUCAUGCAGAUAUUGAAGAGGAAAAAGAAAAUUUAUUAUGCUGAUAUUUUCAAGAAAUUGAAAGGAAAACUACACUCUUGGAAAGGAAAGUUACUGUCUUUUGGAGGAAAAGUUGUACUAAUCAAUAGUUUACUUCAAAGUAUGCCAAGUCAUCUCUUUUUAGUGAUUGCACCCCCUAAAUGUGUAAUUAAGAAGCUACAUAGGAUAUUUUCCAGAUUUUUUGGAGUAACAAGGAAGAAGGAAGGAGUAGACACUGGAUUGCUUGGAAGGAUGUAUGUGUUCCUACAUUUGAAGGUGGAUUAG